AAGUCUACUUAACUUAAUCAAAAAAAUUCCAUUUUCAUGGACUAUAAAUCAUUUCUCCUCUCCCGUUUAUUGAUUUGUUUUCCAGUUUUUCUCACUCUCUGAUGAAAAUCUCUCUUCAGAGAUAAACCCCUCAAGUUUAGAGAAGAAAGUAGAUUAAUCCAUUUCUUUGAUUUGGGAUUUUUUUCCUGGAAUCGUUAGUUGGGAAUAUAAUACUUUUACACCUAAAACCCCCUUUUUCUAAACCCCUCCUCUUAUAUUUAUUCGUCAUCUCUUUUGAUUCUUCUUCCUUUGGGUCUCGUUAUUUCGGAGUUGUAGAUCACUCUCUGCUUCCAGAGAUCUACAACUUUGAACUCUUCUUCAUACCAUACCAAAUCUCUUGUUCUUUUCUCCAGAUUUUUCCUCAACAAAUCCCCCCCGAAAACCUCUCUAAAACCCUCCUAGAUAAUCUCAUUUUCACUUCCAGUUUCAUACAAAUCUUUGUUCUACAUCACUAGAUAUUACCGGUUUGGGUGUUUUUUUCGUCUGUAAAUGAAACUGAAGCUCAUAAUCUUCAAUCUGUUCUUUCAUCUUUGAAGAUGAAUCAGAAAUUUCGUAAACUUCGAGACUGUUUCUCUGAGAGAUUCAAAACCAUGGAAAAGCAUCAUUCAGCUGUAAAACUCACAGAUCAUGUUCUUAAAACAAAAAAAGUUGUUCAAAACCAGAAAUCAAGAACCCAUUCUUCUGAAAAUCGAACAGUCAUUAACCCGAAAUUGGUAAGAUUCAUUUCUACAGAUGCUGAAGCAACUGAUUCAUCAGGUGAUGAAAGAGAAGAAGAAGAAGGAAGAUUUGUGAAAAGAGUGAAAAGACAUAUCAGAGAAAUCAACAUAGUUACUCCACCUUCUCCUUUACCUCCUCCUACUCCUGCUAAGAAAUUACCUUCUCCUACAAAGAGAUCACAACGGCGUCGGAGAAAGUCAGUGAACAGUCAAAGAUCAUACCGGUUAACAGAAGCUGACAAAGCCUCUGCUAGUCGGAAAAAAUACAGAGGAGUACGGCAAAGACCAUGGGGAAAGUGGGCUGCUGAAAUACGAGAUUCACAUACUAAAAAACGGCUUUGGCUCGGUACAUUUAGUUCAGCUGAAGAAGCUGCCAUGGUUUACGAUGAAGCAGCCGUAAGAAUUAAAGGUGCUGAUGCUAUACUUAAUUUUCCUUCUCCUGUUCGCCGUCAACUCAAGUCCACUGUUAGUCAAGAACCAGAAGCAGUUUGUUCUUUGCCUUCUACAAGUUCUGCCGUCCGAACAAGUGAUCACCAUAUUCCGUAUUCACUUAGACAUAGAACCUGCAGUACUGUCAGCUCCGGCGGUGGCGGCGGUGGUUCUCUGUCGUCUCCAACUUCUGUUCUCCGUUAUGGACUGUGAAAUGCAGACUGGUGUGUGACAUGGGGGUUUUACUUGGACUCCACGUCUUGGCGUUGGAAACAAGAAGAGAUGAGAUAUUUUCAUUUUGAAUAUCAUAUAAUAUUUUAUUUUAUUAUUCGAAUUUGAUUUUUGAA